AUGUCAAGGAUACCUGAGAUCGCAGGAGUGAGUCCUAUACAUAAUGGCCAAGUCUGCAGUACGUGGGGUAACUACCACUUCAAGACCUUUGACGGAGACAUCUUUCAGCUCCCCUCCACCUGCAACCAUGUUGUGACCUCACUGUGUAAGAGCAGCUAUGAGGAUUUCAACAUCCAGAUGAGGCGGCAGGUGGUGAACAACCAGCCCACCAUUAGCAAGAUCACCAUGAAGCUGGAUGGUGUAGUGGUGGAGCUAUCCAAGGGUUCAGUUGUUGUUAAUGGGAAUAAUGCCACCUUACCAUUCAGCCAGUCUGGUAUUCUCAUUGAAGAGACUCCCUCCUACAUCAAGAUCAAAGCAAAACUGGGAUUGGUAGCCAUAUGGAACCAGGAUGAUUCCUUCUUGGUGGAGAUGGACAUCAAAUUCAGAAAUAAGACCUGUGGUCUAUGUGGAGAUUUUAAUGGAAUUCAGCAAUUUGAUGAGUUCUAUAGCCAUGGUAUGAAAUUGUCCCCUGUCGACUUCGGAAACUUCUGGAAAUUGGAUGGUCCCACUGAAAGCUGUACUGAAAACACACUGCCUUCAAAUCAGAAUUGCCCCAAUCUGAAACCAGUUUGUGAGCAGUUGCUCUCCGGUCCUGCCUUCAGCAGCUGUAAGGACUUGUUGGCCAUUGACUCAUUUGUUGAGUCCUGUGUAUCUGACCUGUGCCACUGUGAUAACAGCACCAAGUCCUUCUGCCUAUGCAACACUAUCUCAGAGUACUCCCGCCAGUGUGUUCAUGCAGGCGGGAAGCCCAAGCAAUGGAGGACUGAACAGUUCUGCUAUAAGACCUGCCCCUUCAACAUGGAGUACCAGGAGUGUGGAAACCCCUGUGUUGACACCUGCUCCAACCCCGAGAGAGGCCAGCUGUGUGAGGAACACUGCUCAGAUGGCUGCUUUUGUCCUCCAGGAACCGUUUUUGAUGACGUCAACAAGAAUGGUUGUAUCGCCUUGAGUCAAUGCUACUGCCGCCACAAUGGAAAAACCUACGUACCCGGAGAGUCUUAUUCAAGCACUUGUAAAGAUUGCUCCUGUGCUGGUGGUCAGUGGAAGUGUGUGGACAAGGACUGUCCUGGCACCUGUGCUGUGGAGGGAGGAUCCCACAUCAACACCUAUGAUGGAAAAGCCUACACCUUCCAUGGGGACUGCUCUUAUGUUUUGACCAAGGACUGUGAUGGGAUGCAAUUCACUGUACUGGGUGAUCUGGUGCAGUGUGGGCUUUCUGACAGUGAGACUUGUCUAAAGGCUGUUACCCUGUCCCUCUCAGAAGGAGCCACUGUGAUCAACAUACAACCCAAUGGAAAAGCCUUUGUAAAUGGAAUCUAUUCUCAGCUGCCUUUUUCUGCUGCUGGAGUAACUAUUUUCAGAGCCUCCUCAUUUUUCAUCAUUGUCCAGACCACCUUUGGCCUCCAGUUGGAAAUCCAACUCUCACCAAUCAUGCAGGUCUAUAUUGCUGCAAGCACCGUUUGGCAGCAGAGAACUUGUGGUCUUUGUGGAAACUUCAACAACAACCAAGGAGAUGAUUUCAAGGUCCUGAGUGGAGUGACUGAGGGCACAGCCAUUGGUUUUGCAAACACCUGGAAAACACGAGCCAGCUGCCCAGACAUCAAGAGUAGCUUUGAAAGCCCCUGCAGUUUAAGUCUUGACAAUGAGAAGUAUGCCCAGCACUGGUGCUCUCAGCUGGCUGAUCCUAAAGGGUUGUUUGCUCCAUGCCACACAGCGAUAAGCCCAGACAUGUACAAAGAAAACUGCAUGUAUGACAGCUGUAACUGUGAGAAGAGUGAGGACUGCAUGUGUGCUGCCGUCUCCUCUUAUGUCCACGCUUGUGCUGCCGAGGGAAUCCAGCUCAGCGGCUGGAGAGACACUAUCUGCAACAAAUACUCCACCUCGUGCCCUAGCACCAUGGUCUACAGCUACAGCAUAAAAAGCAGUGAUCGCUCCUGCCGCUGCUACAGCGACUCUGACUUUACCUGUUCAAUCACCUUCGAGUCUGUGGAUGGGUGUGUCUGUUCUGAGGGAACCUACCUGGAUGAUGAGGGCAAGUGUGUUGCACCAGCCAGCUGCCCUUGUUAUUACAAGGGCUCAGUGGUGUCCCCUGGAGAGGUCAUCAGCAAGGAUGGAACCAUGUGGUAUGGACCAACAUGUGUUGCACCAAUGGUUUUCUUCAACUGCUCCAGUGCAAGCCCAGGAGUGAGAGGGUUAGAGUGUCAGAAGAGCUGCAACAUUCUGGAUAUGGCCUGUAUCAGCACAGAGUGCAUAUCAGGCUGUAUGUGUCCCUCUGGACUGGUAUCCGAUGGAAAAGGAGGCUGCAUCAAGCCAGACCUUUGUCCUUGUUCUCACAAUGGAGCUACUUACCAACCAGGAGACAGCAUCAAGGUCGACUGCAAUACCUGCACUUGUAAAGACAGAAAAUGGCAGUGCACAACUAACCUGUGCCAUGGAACCUGUGCCAUUUAUGGAGAUGGACACUACAUUACUUUUGAUGGGAAACGAUUCACUUUCGAAGGAGACUGUGAAUACACUCUUACAAAGGACUACUGUGAGAACAACAAUGCCAACGGCAGCUUCAGAGUCAUCACUGAGAACAUCCCUUGUGGAACAACAGGCACCACCUGCUCCAAGGCCAUUAAGCUCUUCCUGGGGAACAAUGAAUUAAUUCUGACAGAAGGGAACUACCAAGUCGUUGAGAGAAAUACAGGGGAGGCGGUUCCUUACCAGAUUCGCACAAUGGGUAUCUACCUUGUGAUUGAAGCCAAUAAUGGUUUGAUUCUCAUGUGGGACAGGAAAACAAGCAUGUUCAUCAAACUUAAUCCACAGAUAAAGGGACAUGUCUGUGGUCUGUGUGGAAACUAUGAUGGCAACGCAAACAAUGACUUCACUACCAGGAGCCAGGCAGUGGUUGUCAAUCCUCUAGACUUUGGAAACAGCUGGAAAGUCUCUGCAAGCUGCCCCGAUGCAAAGAGCAAAAGGAGCCCCUGUACUGCCAACCCUUACAGGCAGUCUUGGUCACAGAAGCAGUGCAGCAUCAUACAGAGCAACGUUUUCACAGACUGCCAUUCUAAAGUGGACCCCUCUCCUUUCUACGAUGCUUGUGUGACAGACUCAUGUGCUUGUGACAGUGGUGGAGACUGUGAGUGCUUCUGUACCGCUGUGGCAGCUUAUGCAGAGGCCUGUAAUGAGGCUGGAGCCUGCAUAGCCUGGAGAAACCCACAAAUCUGCCCACUGUUCUGUGAUUACUACAACCCCACUGGAGAAUGUGAGUGGCACUACAAGGCAUGUGGAGCUCAGUGUAUGAAGACCUGCAGGAAUCCCUCCGGGAGCUGCUCAACUCAGAUACCACCUCUUGAAGGUUGCUAUCCAAAAUGUCCUCCUGCUCAACCCUUCUUUGAUGAAGAUAUAAUGAAGUGUGUGGAGAAGGAGCAGUGUGGCUGCUAUGGCAGAGAUGGAAAACACUACAAUAAUGGAGAAAAAACAAAUAGUAGUAGUAGUCGUAGUAGUACCAAUAGUAGUAGUAGUACCAAUAGUAGUAGUAGUAGUAGUAGUACCAAUAGUAGUAGUAGGAGGAGUAGUAGUAGUACCAAUAGUAGUAGUAGGAGGAGUAGUAGUAGUACCAAUAGUAGUAGUAGUUGUAGUAGUACCAAUAGUAGUAGUAGGAGGAGUAGUAGUAGUACCAAUAGUAGUAGUAGGAGGAGUAGUAGUAGUACCAAUAGUAGUAGUAGUUGUAGUAGUACCAAUAGUAGUAGUAGUUGUAGUAGUACCAAUAGUAGUAGUAGGAGGAGUAGUAGUAGUACCAAUAGUAGUAGUAGGAGGAGUAGUAGUAGUACCAAUAGUAGUAGUAGGAGGAGUAGUAGUAGUACCAAUAGUAGUAGUAGUUGUAGUAGUACCAAUAGUAGUAGUAGGAGGAGUAGUAGUAGUACCAAUAGUAGUAGUGGUCGUAGUUGUAGUAGUACAAAUAGUAGUAGUGGUUGUAGUAGUGGUCGUAGUAGUAGUAGUACCAAUAGUAGUAGGAGUAGUAGUAGUACCAAUAGUAGUAGUAGUAGUAACAGUAGUAGUAGUAGUACCAAUAGUAGUAGGAGUAGUAGUACCAAUAGUAGUAGUAGUACCAAUAGCAGUAGUAGUAGUAGUACCAAUAGUAGUAGUAGUACCAAUAGUAGCAGUGUUCGUAGUUGUAGUAGUACCAAUAGUAGUAGGAGUAGUAGUAAUUGCGCCGAACACGUCAGAUGGACUGAGACUGAGGACGACCGACAGUGUGAGACUGAGGACGACCGACAGUGUGAGACUGAGGACGACAGACAGUGUGAGAUUGAGGACGACAGACAGUGUGAGACUGAGGACGACAGACAGAGUGAGGACGACAGACAGAGUGAGACUCAGGACGACAGACAGAGUGAGACUCAGGACGACAGACAGAAUGGGAUCACUAGUGAAGGGGGUUAG